AUGGAGCUCACACAGACCCGAAUGAUUUUCUAUCCCAUUCUCGCUGCUGUUGCUAUCCCAGUUAACCUGCUGGUGAUUUUGAUCCUGCUGCGAGGAAGGUGUGGUCUGUCCCGUUGUAUCACCUGCUACCUUCUGGCUAUGGCAUCUGCUGAUCUAACUGUUAUUCUCACUGAUGUAAUAAUGAACCAGAUUAUUCCACUCUAUUCCACAGGACCAUUCUCAAACAACAUCACCUUGUGUGGUCUCGUUGACUGCCUCACUCAUGCAGCCACAGACCUUUCUGUCUGGUUCACAGUGGCUUUUACCUUUGAUCGAUUUGUGGCCAUUUGUUGUCAGAAACUGAAAACUAAAUAUUGCACCUGGAGAACUGCAGUGGUGAUUAUCGGAGCAGUGACAGCCCUGAGCUGUCUGAAGAAUAUCCCUUGGUAUUAUCGAUACGAUCCUGUCUAUCUCUUUAUCAUACCUUUGUUUUGUAUGGUUAAGUUAAGCUACUACACCUCACCCCUGUGGAAGACCUUUGACCUCUUACAUCGCGUGACUACCCCACUGCUCCCAUUCAUUCUAAUUAUGCUCCUCAAUGCCCUGACGGUACAGAAUAUUUUGCUGGCGAGUAGAGCUCGCAGGAGGUUGCGGGGUCAGGGUGAUACACAGAAUCAGAAAGAUCCAGAAAUGGAGAACCGCAGGAAGUCUAUCAUCCUUCUCUUCAGUAUCUCUGCUAGCUUCAUAUUACUGUGGAUGACACAAGCUGUGUACACCAUUCAUGAACGAAUUACAUUAAACCACAUCAUUGAUCGGCUUCUCAAAAAUCGCCUUCCAUUUGUUAUUGGCUACAUCGGACCGAUGUUGCAGCUCCUCAGCUCCUGCAGCAACACCUGUAUUUAUGUUGUGACCCAGAGCAAAUUCAGAGAGGAAUUGAAGAAUGUGCUCACUUACCCCUUUGCCUUAAUCGAGUUGAUAAUGAAAUAUGCUCUACAGACUGCUCAAUACAACUUCCGGUUGGCUCAGUCGCCUUCUGUUGAUUUAGUCAGCCACCUGUGGGAUGAAAAGAACUAA